AUGAGCCAACACCUCGAACAGAAACGAAGGCAAAAACAAAUUCAAGACGCCAUUGAUAAAUAUCAAACUUCUCUCAAGACUCAGCAAUUAGAUAUUGAUAAAGAAGCAAAAGCACUCUUUGAUCUAGUGAAAUUUUUAACUCGUUUUGAGGACAACAAGCUUGCUUUUGACUCACGAGGAAAUUUGAUUCGGGAUUUUCUUAUUAAACACUAUGAUGCUCAUAUAUGUGAUGGUAUGGGAGAGUUUCCCCAUGAGUUGUACAGCAAUCAAAUGAUUUGGGAUAUGUGGCUCAUCUUUUCCGAAUGCUAUACGGAUGAUCCUAUCACUAAUUUACAAGCUUUACUUCGUUUUGCACCAACAUACCCUAAAUUAUACGAGACAUGGGCAUUGCUAUGCCGAAAAAGUGGCCUUUUGGAAGAAGAGGCUGCUGUUUAUGAAGAAGCUCGAACUAGGGAAGUAGUCUAUACAGAGCUCUUAAGUAAUAUGGAAAAGGAAUAUAUUGAACACAUGUCAAGCCAACAAGUACAAGUGCAACCACAAUCACAGCCGCAAUCUCAACAACAAACAAGAGUUGUAGAAACACCACAAACAUCGCAUAGAAAGAUGGUUCAAGCAUCACCCACUUUGAAUUGUGCAGGAUAUGACAAGAAUUUAGUUUUUAAUGGAGUGCAAGAGUAUACUUUUGAAGAAUUACGUGCCAUGCAUUAUUUACAGACCACCUCACUCAUUGUGAAUCAUACAGAGCGAAUGGUUUCUGAGGAAAAAACUCUCAACACAACCACUAACCCUAGUACUACUGAACCCUCCGUAAAAUCAUCAUUAUCCACUCAAAUAAUAUCACAAAAGAAAGCAGAUGAAGCAGAUGAAUUUUCUUUUGAUUUUGCCUGUGACAUCACACGACAGAUUCCCACAAGAAAGUCAAUUGUAGAAGCAACUCCCACUUCAUAUGCAUAUACAACCAUUGAUAGUAUGUUCAGAGGUGAAAUAGACAGUGAAUUAGAAAACAAUUACUUUGAACAACGAAAACUUCGCAAAGCUCAAGAAGGAGCUUUGGAUGAAAAGAAGAGAAAAAGGGAUAACUCUCACUCUUGUCAAGAUGACGAGUAUGGCAUGAAUGACACUCUGAAAAAAGCUAAAUCAACCACUACUAAUACUUCUAGGCAACUACUCCCAAAACCUGUAAUCAAACAACCUACAGAAAAACAAAUUCAGGCUCAUAGAAAUCGAUCUCUAAGCGCUUUUCAUCAGUUCAACAAGGAGAAUGACGAGUCAGGAAUUAUGUAUUUUGAAGAGGACGAGAACAAUCUUUCUAAAACAAUAAUUAUAAGUAGAGAUGAAGCAUACAAGUAUGAUGUAAAAAAUGUUCCAGAACAAUUGAAGAAGUUGGUUUCGAACGGAGUUAUUAAUCCAUUUUCAGAAGAUACUCGAAAGAUCUACUCAAAUAUUGUCAACCUUUCUAAUUGUUUCAAUGAUUCUCGUGUUUCAAACUGUAAAGGAACAUCACUGACAGAUAUAAGCUCUAUUCUCAAUGAACUUGCUCAAAAGAAAAAGAAUAAGGACAAUUACAAUUCUCAAAUGUUAAGCUUAAAACUGAACACAAAGACAUACCUGAUAGAGGAUAAACUUUCUUCUCAUGUGAUUCAAAUUCAAGAUUUAAGAAAUAAUAAUGGAAUUAAUCACAGAUCAUUCGCUCUCAAAUUUAGACCUCCUAAUGAUUUUUAUGAAUACUACAUGGUCGAAGAAUUACAGAGACGAAUACCCGAAGCAGAUUCACACAGAUUCCCAAACAUUCAACGCGUUUAUGUGUUUGACAAGAAUACACUUCUAAUGGAAAAGCUUGUAAAUAACAUUACACUGCAGCGGGCUAUGGACUCUGGAACAAAAUUGGAGGAAACAAUUAUUCUGUAUUAUACCUUAGAACUUUUAAACAUUUUACAAAGUUUACACAACAAGGCAAACAUGAUUCAUAACUCCAUUCUGCCCAGUAAUUUACUACUAUUGAAUGAAGAUGGUGCAGAAUUAUCAGAUUGGGCGAUCAAUGGAAAAGGAUGGAACACGAAAGGAUUAAUGUUGACAGACUUUUCGAAAGCUCUCAAUUUAGAACUAUUCCCAAGUCAUGUGAAAUUUUCGUGUGCAGCCAAUCCAAAAACUUUGCCUCAAGUGUUCACGAACGUUUCCAGACACCCUUCAUCAUGGAAGUAUUCUGCUGACACGUGGAGCGUUUGCUACAUUCUGCACCAAUUGUUGUUCAAGAAUGACAUGGAAGUGUUGACAAAACAAGACCAAUAUCACAUCAAAGAGUCCAUUCGACGUUAUUGGAAGUUCAAAGACAUUUGGCAAUACUUGUUUGAAAAUCUGCUGAAUCAAGAUCAACGUCAUCCCAAUGAAAAGCCAGAUUACUCGCCCAUGAUUUCGAUGUGUCAACAAGCACUUGGAUCGUCCGGAGAUACUGUGAAGGCGUUGUUUUUACGUUUCAUUGUUUCCUUAUCCUCCAAGUAA